CUACAAUUUCCUCUAAAAUAAAAUCUCUAGCUAAUGUAUAUUAUAUAUCUUCGUUGAUAAGUAUUCAAUUAAUUUCGUCAUCCACUGACAAUAUCUAUUCCAAUUUGAACAAGUUUCUUAGAAAGCACAUCACUUCCCAUCCAUUUUCCGGAAUUUUCUAUAUUUUCCUCCUGAAUUUAAAACCCUAGGUCUUCAAGCUUUGCUUCAAAACCCACGAAGGGUAAUUGAAGUUCUUCCCAGGAUUUCAAUGGGGCAGCAGCAAUCGAAAGACGAACUGCUCUAUCAGCAAGUCAGCUAUGGAAACGUCGAAGGGAUUAAAGCCCUCUGCAGAGAUGGUGCAGGCCUUGAGUGGAUUGAUAGAGAGGGGAAAACCCCUUUGAUCGUGGCCUGUAUAAAUCCUGGGCUGUAUAAUGUUGCAAAAAGCUUGAUUGAACUUGGUGCAAACGUUAACGCCUAUCGCCCCGGUCGUCAUGCUGGGACUCCUCUACAUCAUGCAGCUAAAAGAGGCCUAGAAAACGUCGUUAAUUUACUUCUUUCGCAUGGAGCAAAUGCUUUAAUCAUGAACGAUGACUGUCAAAGUCCUCUUGACAUUGCUAGGGCGAAAGGGCACAUGAAUGUUGUCCGUGCAAUUGAGAGGCAUAUUUGCUUAUUCUCUGGUUGGUUGCGGGAGUUUUAUGGUCCUGGAUUUCUUGGAGUACUUGCUCCGCAGUUGGUUUCAAGAAAAGUUUGGGUUGUUGUUUUGCCAUGUAGUUCCCGGAAACCCACCAAGCCUUUCAAGUUGGAGCUUGCCAUUUACCCUAACAUGCAGGAUGCCAAACCGCGAACAGUUAUUGCAUUGUGGAAAGUCAAUCUGGAAGAACCAAAGUUACACCAGUCUGAUCCAUCAGUUGUGAUUCAUGAUAACUCCACAAAAACACGCAUCAAACUUGCAGCUGCAGUUGAGAAUGACAAGCAACAACUUCAGUUGUUUUGCAAUGCAUGCAAAGGAAUACCACAGGCUUGUCCUGCGUUUUUGGGUAACAACCAACCCCCGGUUGCUCCAGCAAGUGCACCACCAGCUGCAGAAGAUUUAGAGUUGGCCAUGGCUAUUAGUGCCUCCAUGCAGUCUGCUUUGCAGGAGAGACCAUCCUUUCCUAAUCCGCACCCUACCUAUGAAGCAAGUUCAUCCAGUAGUGAUAAUGGUUGGGCCGGAGCCUCCACAAGAACUGACAGUUACAAUGGUGGUGGUGCACCAACUGCAGCUGCUGCUUCAAAAGUAAGUAGCGGCGAGUGGUCAGGGACUCAGAGUAAUGAAGUUGGAGAGUCAUCUCAGCAGGUGGAAAUCCAGGAUACCUCUUCCGUCCAAACAGCUCCUACUUCAGAUAUAAUCCCAUCAGCCCCACCGGUUGCAGAUGAUAGUCUAGAUGCAGCUCCUGUUCACUAUCCAUCAAUUGAUUUCAGUCCUAUUGAUAUCCCAUCCCCAAGCCUUGAAAGCACACCUGCUAAAAUUGAUGAGAAGAAAGGUGAAAGCGGUUCAUGCGUGAUUUGUUUGGAUGCUCCAGCUGAAGGAGCUUGCAUCCCAUGUGGACAUAUGGCUGGAUGCAUGUCCUGUUUGAAGGAGAUUACAGGUAAGAAAUGGGGUUGCCCCGUCUGUCGAGCCAAGAUAGACCAAGUUAUAAGGCUUUAUGCUGUGUGAAGUGAUCCGUAAUAUAUUGAAGUUCGACAUUGUUACUGCAAACAGCUUGAUGAAUAUUGUUUUGUUUGUAUCGUAGUAUAUGUACUUGGAUGAAGUUUGUUUUUUUUGUACAUGUUGCCACAUAUUAAUUACCUUUCACCAUGUUUUCUUAAGUACCGCCGAGACGACAGCCUGUGUUGUAUAUGUAAAUAAAGUUCAUUUUUUCCAUAAAAUGUUGGGGCUGGCUACUCAAAUUUUAUUCAUUUCUAGUCGGGUGUUAAUGGGA